AUAGGCUCAACCCUCUUCUCUAGUUCUCUUCUUCGAUUUUGAAGGGAAAAUUCAUCCCAAUCCCAACCAAAUUGGGGUUUUUGCUUUGAAGGACCCUUCUUUGCUUAUUCGGUGACUUUAUUGCAGGAUCACAAUUGCUCAUUUCUGUGGUGCCGAUCACAGGUUUCUUUCAAAACUUGGGUUCUUCCUCAAAUAAAAAAGCAUCAUGUACUAUAUUUUACCAAAACUGAUGCCAAGAUUUCCAAUAAUGGCAUUCCUGAGGAGGUUCAAAAACUGCGGUGCCGUGUAAAUUAAAAAGCUUUGAGAUUCACUCCACAAAUAGAACAUGUUGGGAAGAAUAGUGUGAAAAUUCUAAAGAAAAAAGGUCAUUUCUUAGUGCUUCACCUAAGAUACGAAAAGGACAUGUUGACAUUCACUGGUUGCUAUGAAGGUUGCAAUGAGACAAAAAUGGAAGAAUUAACCAAAAUGAUAUUAGCAUGCUAUUCAUCUUCAAUCUUGAGAAAAUGAUGGGCCACCUUCUGAAUCUACUCCACGGAACAGUUCUGUUAAACAAUUUCUGCUUCUUUGACAGCCCUAAAUUGCUCAAACAAAAAAAAUGUUCCUAUAAUGGAAAAGUUGCAAAAUUUCAGAAAUAUAAUGGUGCCUCACUGGCUUUGCAAGACAAUGGGGAGUUUGCAGAUCAUGUUGCUAGCUCGUUUAACCAUAAGAUUUACGUUAGCAAUGGAGGAGAGUUGAAUGAUAGUCCUCAUAUGCAAAAUCUUAGAGAAUUUCCUAGGGAAGAGCUUUUUGGAAAAGUUGUCAUGUCGGAGCGAAGGAGAUCCUGGUCAGUGAUUGGAAUAUGA